AUGGAAGUGGUGUAUCUGAUCGGCUCCCUCGUGUCCUCUACGCUCACCUCCGCCGUCCUCUCGCUUCGCCUGGUGCUACGCUGCCUUGCGUCCUGCCUUUGCCGCCCUCCCGGGGGUGACUUCGAAGCCGCCGAAGGGGAUGAUGCGCCGCUGCUCCGGUUGUACCAGGGCCACGUGAAGCACGUCCGACGAAGUCCCCAUCACCACGCCUUCGAGUACCCCGUCCGCUACGCCCUCGUCAACCUAGAACGCCCAUGCUCAUCUACUGCCUCUCCUCUCCCCUCUUCCCUCUUCCCGCCUUCCUUCUUCGCCGGCCACCUCUCCGCCGAUAAUGCUCGCGCUGUCACCGACACCAACGGCCCUGUGUAAGAUCCUCGAGCACUUCCCGCGCCCUCUCCUCUUCCUCUUCUUCAGUGCGAAUGAUUACCUGUGAUCGGAGCAUUCUCUCCCUCAUUUUUAAGUCCACAUUUUUUUGGGGUUACAAAUUGGAUAGGAGCUGAUGAGGCCUUGACGAUCCUCGUUCCCCAUCAAACAAUGAUGGCUGCUCACGACUCGGGGAACCUGCAGAAUCUACACAACCCACAGUUUCCACAUGGGGCUGUCUCCCAUGCUCCGUGAAUCCUGUGGCCGGGGAGAAGCCUCCCUACGGCCAUCAGGCGUAGGUCACACACCUUUAGAAAUCCAUUCCUCUCGUUAACCAUUCUGAACUUUGGAAGCCGCACACGAGGUUCUCUCUGUUUUACAUUUAUAGGUCAUAUUUUCCCCCUUCCAUGAGGAUAGCAAGAGACAGGGCGCUCAGCCGAUUUGGACCGACCUCUUGGGAUGAGUGUGUGUGUGUGUGUUGUAUGUUGGUGAGCUCCAGCCUUGGUCUCUUGACUAGCCUUCUAAGGUUUUUCUUCUUUAUGAUGGUGAUUCUCUCAUCAGUAUUUCCAGCCCUUUGCACCGCAGAACGUUGUUGAAAUUUCUUUGGGGCAAACUUCCCUGAAUCUCCUUUGCCACCAUCGCUGCGUCACAAGAUGCCUCCAUCACGAAAGGCUCCCAGCUCGCUGAUUUGAUCCUGCGUGAUCAGGGGGGCAUAUCUUAGAAGAUAUGACAGGAAUGCACUGCUCAGUUUACACUUCCCACUUGGAGAGUCGGGAUAACUAUUGGGAAUUGGGGAAAAAGCAUCAUGCUAUGCUAAAUGGUUUCUCAGCCUUGAUCUUUUCUCAUAGACGCCCUUCGCUUCAGCAGGUCAACUUACAUCAAAGUAACAUAAGACGCGUCAUCCACUCACAAGUGUGGCAAUCUAAGCACAUGAAAUGUUGAUUAAGAUGAAGGCAUUAAUCCCUCAUGGCUGAUGAUCUACAAUCUUGCAUUUGAGUCUCGUUUCUUUGGUGCUUAGGGUAAUCCCCUAGAUCUCCCAUAUAGUGGCACCACAAUGACACUUAGUACAGGUCGGUUCUCCAAUUUUCUAAUGAAACUAUCGUGACCUCUAAAAGGCAUUGGCCUUAUUGUGAGCUUAAAACUCAAAUCUCAUUUACAGUUGAAUGCCUAUUUCAUCUAGAGGAGGGACUCAGUGAAUUCCUACGAAUGUUGUUUUACCUUAUAGCUUGUCAUCACUACAGUGACCUGAUUCUUUAGAUCUCCCCUCAUGUAAGUCGGGUUACUCAUGUGUGUGAAACUUAAGUAAUCUUCAGCCUUAUUCUUAGUAGAAUUUUUGUCUUUCUUAUCAUCAAGAAUUUAGCGAUUGAAUCUACCAGUAAAAGCGUAUGUAUGCACUUUCUUGUUAUUCAUACUUCUUGUCUGUUUUUAGUUAUGAUUUGAAUUCAUCAUCUGUGGGAGUGUAGUUUUACCAUUGUGCAUUGGAAAGAAACUAUGCUUCUGUUUUCAUUAGUGUGCUUACUUUGCAAGAAAUUUCUCUUAGAAAAGUGUGUUGUGAAUCACCCUCAUCUCCGUAGUAUCUAAGCACAUAACAUGUCUUUUGAAUUGGACCGAGAAAGAAUGGCCUACAUAACCUUCUUGUGAGUACAGUGCAACGAUGUAUAAACGCAUAACUUGUAAUUCAUUUACUACCAAUGCUAUUGACGUUUUAACUUCUAUUAGAAUAAUUCACAAGGUCUAUUUUAAAUUUUUCAUUCUACAGAAUUUUAGGUAUGGUUCAACCCGAGUGUGUGACUCAUCUUUUAAUUGCUUCCUGAUGCGUCAUAUUCAAGCAGCUUGCAUGGUCAUUCUACUUAGUAAUUAUAGAGGAAAGAAAACGUCAGGAAGACUCUAUUAUGUUAAACAUCUAAUUAUUUACGAUUUCCUUUACUGAGAAACUUGACUACUGCUUUUGUUCUCGUAACGAACUUUUAUAGUAUCUCAGAACAAAUGAUGCUUGAAAUUGCAUGAUUGUGGGAACAUUUUUCUUGUGCUUUCUUGGCAUGUCCAUUGGUAAGAAAUGGAUGUCAUAUCAAUUGACCAAGUUAACUUUAGCCCUAAAAUUUCAUUGACUCAACAUGUCCUUUGUGAUAUGCUUUCCACAUAAAGAGGAUUUGGUUAUCUUUCAUUAUUCUAAUAUACUCUAGCCUUUACCAACAUAUAAAUAAACAGUGAUAUACUAUUAUACUUUCAUUUUAAUCCAAAUACUUUAGUUCAAGCCAUUGAUUUCAGAACCUGGCGAGAUAAUAACUUCCAUAAAUUUCUGGUGGUAUUGUCUUGGAGGUUGUACUUGUAAUUCUCUGGAUGAUCAUAUUAUUUUGUACGGUUCAUUUACGUCCCGUCACUAACAACACCACAAGAAUGGUCUCAAUUUCCAUUUUACGGAUGUCAGGGUGUCAAGAAAGGGAUGGGUUUUGAUUAUCUAGCAUCAAACCAGCCUGACACCAAGCAUUGAUUGGUGUAUUAGGCUAGAAUUCAUUCCCUUAUGUUCCUUUUGUUUGAACUGAAGCCAAUUAGGCAUAAAUAGUUGAGGUGAUCGACUGCUAGUCUCUAUCUCAGUUAGAUGUCGGAAUUCCCAUGUUUCCUUUACAUGUGUCUACAAUUGGUCUUUGCACUUUGGACCUCUCUCGUUAGGUAAAUCUACAAUUUAAUACAUGCUAUUAAUUCACCGCAUUAGUUGAUGUCUAUUUCCUCACGCUAUUCACAGGCUGCUGCUCACGAUUCCACCGAGUGUUGGGUACGAACAGAAUCCUCUGAGCAUCUACUACUGUUAUGAUGUCGUAUCCAGAGCAGACAGUAAGCAUGAAGCAGGAGCAGGUGAUGAUGGGGAGUCCAUGGCAAGUACUAGAACCUGUCUAAGGAAAUGCAUCGCAGAGGUUAGGGAACAGUCGUCCUCUUUAUACCUACCCCACUUUCCCCGGCGACAGGCCCUGGUUUUGUUGAUGGAUGGCUUGACUUUGACCCAGGUCACAAACACACCAUGGGGCGAGAGGGCGUCAUUCGUUUUCGACCCAAGAUCUGACCUGGUUGCCAAGCCCUUGCACGUGAGCCCCUUCAUGGUGAGCGCCCGCCCACGCAUUUACUCUCAUCUCUCGUUCCACGUCCUGGCCCGCCGCUGCAGCGCAGGGCUUCAAAUAUAGUUAUCCUCUGGGCUGAUCCUGGCUAGCCAGUUCCUCUGUGUGAAGGAAAACUGGUGGGUUCUCUGUGUGUUUUUCCCUUCUUCUAAUGAACGGCACUCUUUCUUCUACAAGGGUGAUUUAUGUGCUCGUUUAUUCUGGAAUUGGAUGGUCCUUUCAAAGGGACGUGUCAGGCUAUCUGAUCGCGCGCCUUUCUACGCUUGGAGAUGGGCUUCCCUGCUCCUUUAUUCCCCAAACAAGCAGACUGAUAGGAUCCCCAACGCAGGAUAUGCUGGGGAACUGGAAGAUACACGCAGGCGAACCAGGCGACAAACUCUUCGUUGGAAUCUCAGUCCAGCACCCGGAGAUGGGCAGCUAUUUCACCGCGACCUUAAGUGCCAAGGAAGUUUCUUCAUCUCGACCCAGCCCUGCGCUCUUCUUCUGGCUGAUGCCUCAGAAGGUGGCCCUGUGGAUCUACUGGCAGGUGAGCGGCGGCGACUUGAUGUUUCAAAUCUUGCCCGAGUGAACUCGAGAGGUUGUCUCCUCUCAAACCAGCAUUUGUCCCGAAAAUAUUUGCAGGCUGUGAAGCUCUGGUGGAAGAACGUAUCAUUCAUCCAGCAUCCGAGGUAUUCGAAUCCAGCGUACAGAGAGGACGCCCUGUCGCGCGAUCGGGAGCUGCGCUGCCCUCUCACCAAGGGGGGGGGAGGGGGGCCGCGAGACGACGACCGCCGUUCAGACAGCGCGGCGGCCGAGGGGGGAGGGGGCAUGGCCCGGUGGUGUGUGUGGAGAGACGCCGAGUGGCCCUGGUCCUAG